AGUGAGGCCUGUUCUGAGGACUACCGCCUUAGGUGAGCAGAGGGAGGAGUCCCAGAUCCUGCCAGGAGUGAAGGAAUCUCAGGGAGGUGAAAGCCUUGGUGUGAGGGUUGCAGCCUCCAGUCAACAGGGGUUUUGGCCUCUACUAGAGUCAAGAGAGGUGAGGCCUGCUCUGAGAAGUGCUGUCUCCAGUGAGCAGAGUGAGGAGUCCCAGACUCUGCCAGGAGUCAAGGUUGUGGUCCUCUAUUAUCCAACCUCCUGCCCACAUUCCUCCGUGCUACCACUGACCAGAGUGAGCAUGUCUCAGGAUCAGAAGAUUCCACAUAGCACACAGGAACAACAUCACACCCACUGUGAGCCCCAGGGCCUGGAGGCUGCACAGGUCUCCAAGGCUUUGGAGGAGACCUCUCCCUCCUCCUCCCAUCCUCUAAUGCCUGGAAACCUGGAUGAGGCUUUGGCUGCUGGGGCACCCAGUACUUCCCAAAGUCCUCAGGGUGCCUCUUCAUCUGACACUGUCACCGGAGCCAUCUCAUCAAGUAAAUCAGAUGAGUGCUCCAGCAGCCAAGAAAAGGAGGCGAGUUCUGCUUCAAAGCCCCUGUCUGACACUGAGAACUUGCCCGUAGAUCCUCUAGAUGAGAAGAUGAUUUUAUUGGUGCAGUUCCUGCUGCAAAAGUAUCAAAUGAGAGAGCCAAUCACAAAGGCAGAUAUGAUUGGUGAUGUUAUCAAAGAGUGUAAGAAUGAUUUCCUUGAGAUCCUUAGGAGAGCCUCUGAGCACAUGGAGCUGGUCUUUGGUGUUGAUAUAAAGGAAGUGGAUCCUAGCAGCCACAGCUAUGCCCUCGUCAACAUACUAGACCUCACCUAUGAUGCGAGGCUCAGUGGUUACGAGGGCAUGCCUAGGACCAGCAUCCUGGUAACGGUCCUGGGCGUGAUUUUCAUGAAGGGCAAUCGCGCCACUGAGGAGGAAGUCUGGGAAGUGCUGAAUAUGAUGGGCUUAUAUUCUGGGAGGAAGCAUUUCAUUUUUGGGGAUCCCAGGGAAUUCAUUACCAAAGAUUUAGUGCAAGAAAGGUACCUGGAGUACGAGCGGGUGCCCGACAGUGAUCCUCCGUGCUAUGAAUUCCUGUGGGGUCCAAGAGCUCAUGCUGAAGUCAGCAAGAUGAAAUUGCUGGAGUUCUUGACCAAGAUUCAUGAGUCUGACCCUAUUUGCUUCCCAUCCCAUUAUGAGGAAGCUAUGAGAAAUGAAGCAGAAAGAGCCCAAGCUGCAGUUACAACCAGGGCUGGCACAGCUGCCGAGGCCAGGGCGCACUCCAGUGCCAGACCCACGAGCUCUUCCCACCCCUAGUGAGGUCUGAAUCAUACUCUUCAGUUUGUCAUUGAAGAGAAGUCAGCUUUCUAAGUAAUGGAGGGCUGGGGUGAAGCUGUAGGGAAAACAGUGUGCAGCAUCUUUCCUAUAUGGUUAACACAGAGGUUUCUCUUUUGGGGCAGUUAGUUUUUAAAUGUUCCUUUUAAUGUGACAUUUCAUUAGCUUCAUAAUCUUAAGUUUCUGGAUGAUACUGGUCAUACAUUUAUUGUUAUUUAUGGAAUUAAAGAAUACAAGUUCUGUUUGUUUAUGAAACAAAUUGUAAAACUGACCAUCCGCUUGUGUGAUCUGGAAAAGAUAACAUGAGAUUCAAAUAGGCAUUUCUUUGGAGCUGUCGAAGAACUCAGCAGUAAAAUAGUUGGGAUCAAGGAAAAAAACCCUAAAAGAUGGUCAAUUCUUGGCUUCCCUUAUCCUCUUUAAUCUGCCGUUUUGUAAAAUUAGAUGACCUGUAUACAUUUGCUUAGCUUAUUGACGAAUGUAAGAGAAAUAAAUCUGAAUA